AUGGACUACCGCCGCGGAGCACCGCCGCUCAACGACCGAGUCCGCUCUCAGGACGCCCAAGCGGCUCAACGGUCGCAAGUCACCAGCAACCACCAAGCUGGCCACGAAAUGGACGUUGAUUCCUUUUCUAAUCAAGAUGGCGUCAACUCCGCAAACAGCGGAGCGCACCCACUCGUACAUCGCCCGCGCGGGCAGUACAAGCACAACAAUGUUCAGCACCGAAAUGGACAUGGCCAUAGUCGCAAGAGGGCCUACGAGCCCGAUUACAGCUAUGCUGACGUUUUCCUCAGCGCUGAUCAAAGGGAACAACGCAUGGGAGUUCGGCGCCUGCCUUUUGUUGGAGAGUUGCUGCAACAGGAACCCCAUGAUAGGGUCCAUGUCCAGUACAACGGUCCCCAAUACAAGGACCAACUUGAACUCAUGGGCGGCGAUCAGUCCUCUAUCAACUGGUUUGCCCCGGACCGACAGUCCAAGAGCCUCUACGGGCAUCAAUUCGUGGCAAAAGUUGCGACCGAUGAUGAGAGCCUCAUGGCCCUCGUCAAAACCAUUCAGCUGGAAGCUCGCAGACAGGGUUCUCCCAUUGUCAACCUGUGGAUGCAGUGUCAAGACCCGAACGAGCAGCGUAAGCUGUCAAAGACUCCUCCUGUGGUUGGUCACACCUACAACGAUUUGGCUGUCUCGUACAACACCUCCAUCCAGAGAUGCACCGCAUGCGGCAAGGCUGGUCACAGAGUCAGGCAUUGUCCCACGCCGGACCCUGUUCAUUUCAGCACGUGCAUCGAGCCCCCUCAAGGGGACAGGGACCCCAAUGGCCGUUUCAAAAUCGAGCCAACUGAAGCCCCUGCUUCCGUUGCCCAUGCUUUCGGCGGUGUACCCGCGAGACCGCCCAACCCUGCUGAUGCUGCAGUCGAGGAGCCUCCCCGCGAUCGGUCAAUGCCCGUCAUCAUCAAGACCGAGCCAGACACGGAGGGCUCUGGCAUCACGGUUCCCGCAGAACUCGUCAAGAUUCCGAUCGAGCAUGUCACCGUCACCGAAAGGUGCUUGCGAAUCCUUGACGAGGACGAAGACGCUGACCCAGCUGCCUUGGCUUUUGAGUUGAUGCCACCCACAAAGCCGCAUAACGCGGUUGUUCAGCCCACACAGAUGCGUCCACAGGCGUUGCGAGCAGCUUCUCUUCGGGUUGCGGGAAACAAUUCGCUCAGGCAGUAUGGCGAGAGUUCUAAAGCCGACGCUCCUGAACCUGAUGUAUAG